AUGUAUGCCGCGAUCCUUCUACUUGGCUGCGUCUCUGUGGCAUUGGCACAGCUUGCGGAUACCUCUGACUACCCGAUCGGACCAUUAACUUCGUCAGCCGCCAAAUGGGCUAAAAAAGUUUGUGACAUCACCAAAUAUGGCGCUGUUGCAGAUGGGGAGACAGAUGCUGGGCCUGCUAUUCUAGCGGCCUUUGAUGCCUGCGCUUCAGGAGGCGUUGUGAACAUUCCCUGGGGGACUUUUGCCAUGGAGACUUGGGUCACACUCUCUGGUGGAAGCGCAUGGGCCAUCAACUUAGAAGGCAUCAUCGUUCGCACCGGAACCUCCGGGGGAAACAUGAUUUAUAUCGAGCAUAGCACUGAUUUCGAGAUCUACUCUUCCAGAGGCGAAGGUGCGAUCCAGGGCUACGGAUAUCAAUUUCACUCUCAGGGAGAGUAUGGCCCGCGUCUCCUGCGCCUUUAUGAGGGCAAGUACUCUCUCACAAAUUUUGCCAUCCAUGAUAUUGCUCUCGUUGAUUCUCCAGCUUUUCACCUCACUCUCGAUACUUGCAACCAGGGCGAAGUCUAUAAUAUGAUCAUUCGAGGUGGAAACGAAGGAGGUCUUGAUGGCAUUGACUUGUGGGGAUUUGACAUCUGGGUUCAUGAUGUCGAGGUAACGAACAAGGACGAAUGCGUCACUGUCAAGAGCCCGGCAAAUCACAUCCUCGUUGAGAACAUCUAUUGCAACUGGUCUGGCGGCUGUGCAAUGGGCUCCUUGGGAACUAACACAGACAUUACAAAAGUCGUCUACAACAAUAUCUACACGGUGAAUUCAAACCAGAUGUUUAUGUUCAAAAGCAAUGGAGGAAAUGGAUCUGUUACAGAAGUUACUCUCCAGAACUUCAUUGGGCACGAGAAUGCGUAUUCCCUCUACCUUGACGCAUACUGGUCGUCACAAACACAGGCUGCGGGAGACGGUGUCUUUUACAAUUCUAUCACUUUCAGCAACUGGAAGGGUACGUGCGCAAAUGGUGCUACUCAGGCCCCUCUCUACGUGCUCUGCCCUUCGAGUCAACCCUGUACAAACAUCGUCAUCGAGGAUUUCGCCAUGUGGACUGAAUCUGGAAGCACUGAGUACUAUAAGUGUGCUGAUGCCUGGGGCUCAGGUUACUGCUUGCACUCAGGAACAGCACAUACCGAGUACGGUACAGUGACCUCAACAGUGACAUCUGCUCCAUCAGGCUACUCGGCGACGACAAUGCCCGGGCAGCUGACUGCCGGGUUGGGGCUCACCAAAUCCAUUGCAAUCCCGACUGUCCCAACCACAUUUUACCCAGGUGCUACACCAGCUACAGCGAGAGUUUAUGGU